CCUUCCAAGGACGCAGAAACGAUCAAGCGUAGACAGUCGGUAGCCCAAAUGCUUCUGAAACUGCCGCCCACCUGCAAGGCCUUGAUUCGUGGUCUGGACGUUGAUUGGCUCUUUCAUCUAACGAAGGUCGUGCAGGAUUCCAAAUUUUCCCUCCUGGCAGAGUUUAUCGAAAAGGAGCGCAAGGCUGGAACUGUCUACCCUCCUCCUGAUCAGGUCUUUUCCUGGAGCAAGCUGACAAAGCCGAAGAAUGUACGAGUGGUUAUUCUGGGUCAGGAUCCCUACCACGGACCCAACCAGGCCCACGGAUUGGCCUUCUCAGUGCAGCGGCCGACCCGGCCGCCGCCCAGCCUGGUGAACAUGUUCAAGGAGAUUUCGUCAGACUGUGCUGAUCAGUUGGCCUCCGCCCAACCCCCUCGCCAAUGGCCCCCCAAACACGGCGAUUUGACCAACUGGGCCAAGCAGGGCGUCCUUCUGCUCAAUGCUGUGUUGACCGUGCGUCAAGGACAGCCCAACUCCCACAAGGAUCGUGGCUGGGAGAAGCUCACCAAUACCGUAGUUAAAAGCCUCAACGAGGAAGGCUCGGCGCAUGCCUCCUACAUCGACGCCAAGCGGCACCUCAUACUGCGCGCACCACAUCCCUCUCCUCUGUCUGCCAGCAGGGGCUUCUUCGGUUGUAAACACUUCAGCCAAACCAAUGAGUAUCUUCGUCAGAAUAAGAGGACCCCAAUAGACUGGACUGACCUUUAA